AUGAAUCUUCAUCAACAACCAGUGGCCAGGAUACAACUGAAAAAAUAUUUCGUCUUUUCUUUAAUUGAACAUAACCGAAUUUCUGGUCACUGUCAAUUAUGUAAUCAAGAUUACAAAGAUAAGGUUGGAAUUUUUAGUAAUUUCAUAAAACAUUUAAAACGAAAACAUUUACCUGAAUAUGAACGAACAUUUAACAAACAAGAUGAAGGUUUAUUAGAAGAAGAAAUCAUUGAAGGUGAUGGUCGACCAACGACAGAAUUAUCAACAAACAAAUUUAAACAAACUCGAAUCAAUUUAGCUAUUGCUAAACAUUUAAUCAUCAGAUGCAAUUUUCCACUAAAUUUAGUGGAAAAUCAUGCGUUUCGUGAUUUCAUAAAAGACUGUAAUGUUAAAUGGACUCCAAUAUCGGCUAAACAUCUGAAACAUAAUACAAUUGCUCCAUUCAAAGAAAAAGUAAAUACAAUCAUUCAUGAUGCAUUAAGUGCUGUUGACCAUGUUACAUUGACUGUUGAUGGAUGGACUGAUAGAAAGUGUAGAUCUUUCUUAGGUGUUACAUGUCAUUUCAUUAAUUUCAAAAUGGAACCAGAAUCAUAUUUAAUUGAUUUUGUUCGAUUAAAAUCUCCUCAUACCGGUGAAAAUAUUCUUCAGACAACUGAAUCCAUUCUUGAUCGUUUUCAAAUUAAAGAAAAAGUUUACAAGGUAGUUACUGACAAUGCUGCGUCGAUGAUCAAAGCUUAUAAAUUUGGAUUGGCAGUUGAUGACGAAAUUAAUGAUAACAGUCGUGAAACUCAAUUAUUGUCAAAAACAAAUGCAAUAUUGAACGAUUCUUAUGGUAAGUUCUUUACAUUUAUAUAA